AUGGUGCAGAAACACCCAAAAGCCAUACGGCGAGCUCGCCUCACUGCAAGCGCGGCUGCAACAAUAAUAGCUCUUGCUUGCGGCACCAAUUAUGUCUACUCAGCAUGGGCACCACAAUUUGCCGAGAAGCUCAGACUGUCAGCUACUGAGAGCAACUUAGUUGGGCAAUUCGGCAACUUGGGGAUGUAUUCCCUGGGAGUUCCCGUGGGAAUACUUGUCGAUCAGCGAGGUCCCCGUCCGUUUGUCCUCGUCGGUGCAAUCCUCCUUGUCAUGGGAUACUUUCCGCUUCACCUUGCCUACCAGAGUGCUUCCGGGCCUAUAGCCGCCCUGUGCGUUUUCUCAUUCCUUUCAGGCCUCGGGAGUUGCAUGGCCUUCGCUGCCGCGGUCAAGACAUCGGCUUUAAACUGGCCCAGCCACAGAGGUACGGCCACAGCAUUUCCGCUGGCUGCGUUUGGUCUUAGUGCAUUUUUCUUCUCGACUCUUGGUGCACUCUUUUUCCCAGGAGAUCCAAGUGCUUUCCUGAAGCUCCUCUGCUGGGGUACUUUUGGCCUGAUCCUUCUUGGAUUCUUCUCCCUGAGGGUCUCCCCUCACCCCAGCUACCAAUCUAUUUCUUCUCGCGAGGAACAAAUGCCAUCAUCUCCCUCCUCCAACCUGCCAUCGCCGCCUCUUCAAUCGCGAUCUCUUGAAAACGGCUUCUUUGAAGAUCACCCCACGUCCUCUACCGGCUCCGCGGGCAUGCGUGCGGCGUCACCGCCUACUUUGCCCCGUUCCUCUAGUAGAACACCCGUUGUCGAUGCUGAGGAUGGUUCUAUUGACGAGACCUCGUCGUUGAUGUCGUCAACGGUCUUGGAGACUGUGCAAGAUGUAGUGACAGUUAGUGUUGUUAGAGAUCGACCUCAUCGCAUAGAUAUUCGCGGCCUAGAGCUUCUGCGUUCUAGGUCGUUCUGGUUUCUGUUUUCCAUCAUGGCAAUUCUCUCGGGCAUUGGACUCAUGACUAUUAAUAAUAUUGGUAACGAUGUGAAUGUGUUAUGGAAGCACUACGACGCAUCAGUGACGGAGGAUUUUCUCGUUCACCAGCAACAGAUGCAUGUCUCGAUAUUAUCCGUCGGCAGUUUCGUGGGCCGUCUUCUGAGUGGUGUUGGUUCUGAUGUCCUUGUUAAACAUCUUCAUGCCAGCCGCCUUUGGUGCCUUUUCGUCGCGUCCAUUAUAUUUCUUUUAGCACAAGCAUGUGCACUACGGAUCGAAAACCCUCAGCUCUUGGUUCUGGUGUCGGGGAUGUCUGGUCUCGGAUACGGGUUUCUCUUUGGAGUGUUUCCUUCCCUCGUCACCGAGACGUUUGGAAUUCGCGGAUUGAGCCAGAAUUGGGGGUUUAUGACAUUAGCGCCUGUGAUAUCUUCAAACAUUUUCAAUCUCUUUUAUGGGUUGGUGUUGGAUUCACGAAGUGCUUUUGAUCCUGACGGGCAGCGGUCCUGCCACUAUGGUUUAGAGUGUUAUCGUGCGGCAUAUUGGGCAACCUUUGGUGCUUGCACAGUAGGCAUUCUCAUUACCCUCUGGGCAGUCCACCACGAGCGGGUGGAGAUAGCUAAAGGAAGAAAAGCCCAACAUCUUUAA